UGGUAUUUAAAUAGGGCUGCAACUAACGAUUAUUUUGAUAAUCGACUAAUCUGUCGAAUAUUACUUCGGUUAAUUGAUUAUUUGGAUUAAAAGGCCAGUUUUUCUUUUCAGUAUUUUUUUAAAAAAAAAAAAAAAAACAAAACCUUAUGUCACAUUCUGCCCAAUGUUGUCCUUCAUACAUUGUGCAGAUUGAAGGCUAUGAAAAAGGUCAUGCAUAGCAUAAUGCACAUUGUGCAAAGGAUUAAAAAAAAAAAAAAAAAAAAAUUAACAUUAUAUUUUUGAAAAACAACACAACUGAUUGUACACAAGCUUUAAAGCAGAGGUUAAAUCACGAUAUUGAAAAUGCUUUAAAAAACAAAGAAAAAAAAAGAAAAACAAAAGCACAAACUAAGUGUUAUCUGGUAAGAGGUUGAAUGUUCUACAGUAAGACACAUUCACUCAUCUGAACAGAGUAACAUGUUACUUUAUUCUCUAAAUGUAUGACACUUCUUACAUUUAUAUGCAAUUACAUGUUAUAACCCCAUUACAGUUACUGCUCUCAAACAAAACACAAUUACUUUUGUUUGCAAAUAUAGCUAAAUAUAGCACAGACAACAUAUUUGCUCAGAAUGAAUAUUUUAGUCAGAGUUAUUGCGCUUCCUUUCUAUUGUGCGCAGUUUGAUUGACGUGCACACGUGGACUCGCGCUUAGUCAGUGAAGUUUAAUGGAAACUCGCUCGCUGUCAGGACGAGGCUUUAUGUAAAAUGGAAAUACUGGCGUGAAUUUCUAACAUUUACAGAUAAGGAUAUGAAUGUAAAAAUGCAAUUUCUGCACUGAAGAAAACAUGUCUGGAUCACAUUAAACAGCACACGCAUCUGACACGACAAGCCGUGUUAAUACACUUACGAGUUUCUUUGAAGCACUUAAUAUAGACAUUCUCAUGUUUUGGACAAGGUGGAUCGUGCACUUUUCCCACAACACUCUGUGACAUCCGCUGUUUCUCAGAUGUGUUUUAUUCAUAGAAAUGCCUUUUUCACCACAGUGAAGGGUAGAUAUGUCACAGACCCUUCAAAGUAACUUACUUGGUCCAUUGUGGUGCAAAAAGUGAAAUCUUCAACAUAAAUAUUUUUUUUUCUAACCCUAUUUUGCUUUGUAUCUACGAUUGACUCUCUUAAAGAAGUUUAGGCAACAUUUUAAUAAUUCAGAUUUAUAAUUAGGCUAUAUGCUAAAGUAACUAAUGAAGAGGUAUGAUUGCCACAUCAACAACAUCAACAUGGUCAUUGCAGCCUGUUGUGUGCUUCACAAAUUUUGUGAAGUUAAUGGUGAGGAAUAUGAUGAUAUUGAUGUUGCUGUUGAUGACGAAAAUGUGACUCGUGAAUGGAAUCGUCUUCAUGAAAACACAGUCAAACGCUUCAGGAGAUGCAUUCUGCUCAUAUUUCUCCAAUCUGUUGAGCUAUUUUUGGCUGAUGUUGGCAAUAAAUUCGUAUCCAUUCUAAGAACAGUGUGGACCUUAUUGGUUUAUAACAGACAAAACAUCAUCUAAAGGCCAAAAUAUGUUUUAUUCAAAGCAAAAUCUUGAAGUACUUUCAGUGGUCAAAAGUCAGCACUUCACAGAACAGAACCACUGAAGUGGUAAUACGUAAAAAAGAAUGUGUGUUCACAUACAGACUAAAAUAUAUAGCACACAUAAGUGUAACUAUGUCAAGACACUAUUUCCACUAUAAACAGUGCUGUGUAAAGUAAAAACAUUAGUAUAAAUAUAACAGCAGGUAUAACAGACUUACAAUAGAGAGCAUAUACAGGCCUAUAGAUUAAAGGUUGCGAUAGACCUGUUAACACUGAUCAACGUUGGCUGGUGGUGUCUGAGUUCUUGUGUGUUGUAUCCAGUUGUUCCUGUGUACGCUCGUCUGCCCAAAUGUCCAGUAAACACUGCACCUCUGCCGUAGACCAAAGUGUUCCCUUUGCCGCCAUGAUGUUUGUAAUGGAGCAGUCGUGUCAAUGAAGUCAGUUCUGAAGUACAGUACGCAUCAGUGUGAUCGCUAAACGUGCCCGAGGACGGAACUGACGUCAUUUACGUGACUGUUCCAUAGUAUAGUCCAACCAAACCGUGCUCUGGUCCACCUCUUUGAAGUGGGCCGGGCAUGGUAUGGUGUGAUCACACUAAUCAAACGAACCAGACUUUGGGGUCAAACGUGCUUGGGCACGGUUUAACUAGGCCAAGUGUGAGUACGCCCUAAUAGCUCCAGCUUUUCGUUAGCACAGCGCGGUGGCUUUUGUUUUCUGUGCAGUCACAAGACCAGAGCAGAAGGAAGGAAAGGGAGGGAGGGAGACAGGACACCAGAGAUAAACUCCCAAAGAGUCUGAGCUGUGUUUUCUUUUCCAUCUGUCUGAUUGAUUUAUGAUUGAAAAAGACUCUUGCGUUAUGACAACAGGGGAAGAUAAGAACUUUGACGAUGAGGACUCCGUGGACGGAGGCAGGUCCUCCUCUUCCACUUCAUCUAAAGGUCUGUCCGGCAGCAGGCGAGGAGGAAACAUGGGCUCAAUGAGACGACCCAGUUCGGCCUCAGCACCCAGAGCUGCAGGGAAAGAGGGAGCCAGUGCGGGAGCUGUCGACGAGGAAGAUUUUAUUAAGGCGUUUGAAGAUGUCCCUAGUGUGCAGAUUUAUUCCAGUAGAGAGCUGGAAGACUCCAUGACUAAGAUCCGGGAGGUGUUGUCAGAUGAUAAACAUGACUGGGAGCACAGAGUGGCUGCUCUGAAGAAAGUACGCUCGCUGCUCCUGGCAGGAGCCGCAGAACAUGAGGGUUUCCUUCAGCAGCUUCGACUUUUAGAAGGUGCCUUCAAGCUAUCUGCAAAAGACUUGCGCUCCCAAGUGGUCCGGGAGGCCUGCAUCACUCUUGGACAUUUGUCCUCAGUGUUCGGGAACAAAUUUGACCACGGAGCAGAGGCCAUCAUGCCCACGCUGCUCAAUCUCGUGCCUAACAGCGCCAAAGUCAUGGCCACAUCAGGCAUGGCUGCUAUUCGUCUUAUUUUACGGCAUACACACUAUCCUCGUCUUAUCCCAAUCAUCACCAGUAACUGCACAUCUAAAUCAGUAGCUGUUCGAAGACGGUGUUAUGAAUUUCUAGACCUGUUGUUGCAAGAAUGGCAGACCCAUGCACUAGAGAGGCAUGUCGCAGUUCUCACUGAGACCAUCAAGAAAGGAAUUCAUGACGCUGACUCGGAGGCCAGAUCUAUAGCCAGAAAAUGUUAUUGGGGAUUUCAUGGUCACUACAGCCGAGAGGCUGAGCACCUGUUUCAGGCUCUGGAGUCGACCUAUCAGAAGGCCAUCCAAUCUUACCUGAAGAGCUCUGACAGUAUAGUGUCACUGCCUCAGUCUGACCGUUCCUCCUCCAGCUCACAGGAGAGCCUCAAUCGACCACUUUCUGUGAGGAGUGUGAUGGGAGGAAGCAUGACCAGAAGUAAGGUGGUGGGCUCCCGAACACCGACCUCCACCCCAGGCUCACUCCAGCGCUCACGCAGCGAUGUCGACGUGAACGCCGCUGCCAGUGCCAAGUCCCGGAUGCCUGCCGUGCCCUCUCUACCCUCUCCUUCCCCCUUCAGCUCAGCUGCAGCCCUCCCCCCAGGAUCCUAUGCCUCCCUGGGUCGCGUGCGAACCAGACGGCAAAGCUCCGGAAGUGCGGUUGGUGCAAACGCUACAGUCACAGACAGCCGAGGUCGAAGCAGAGCUAAAGUGGCAUCUCAGUCCCAGCCUGGCAGCCGUUCCAGUUCCCCAGGAAAGCUGCUGGGUCACGCAUAUGGCAGAGUCCCGCGUACCACAGCCAUGGCUUCUACACCCUCAGACAAACGAGCAAGGGUCCCAAGAAGCCAGGGCUGCAGCCGAGAGACCAGCCCAAGCAGAGCCCUGGGCAUAGCUGAGCUGUGUGGUAAAGCUCUUCUUCCUGCUGCUUCUCGUUACCGCACGCUAGCCCGGAGCAGUCGCAUCCCACGCCCCAGCAUGAGUCAGGGCUGCAGCCGCGACACCAGUCGCGAGAGCAGCCGCGAUACCAGCCCUGCUCGGGGUUUCACUCCUCUGGAUCGAUUUGGGCUACUCCACCAAGCCCGUAUUUCUGCCUCUGUCAAUGCCAUGAGAGUUCUGAACACGGGAACAGACGUUGAGGCAGCUGUGGCUGAUGCUUUACUGUUAGGAGACUCCAGGAAUAAGCGUAAACCUAUGAGAAAGCGGUAUGAGUCUCCAGGGAUGUACUCAGAUGACGAUGCUAACAGCGAUGCAUCCAGCGCAUGCUCUGAGCGCUCAUACGGAUCCCGUAAUGGAGGAGUACCACACUACCUACGGCAGACAGAGGAUGUUGCUGAGGUGCUUAACCACUGUGCUAGUGCCAACUGGUCUGAGAGAAAAGAAGGACUCCUGGGGUUGCAAAACUUACUUAAGAGCCAGCGCGUCCUUAGCCGAGUGGAGAUGAAAAGAUUAUGUGAGAUCUUCACGAGGAUGUUUGCAGAUCCUCACAGCAAGGUGUUCAGCAUGUUCCUGGAGACUCUAGUAGACUUUGUCACUGUUCAUAGAGAGGACCUUCAGGACUGGCUUUUUGUCCUGCUCACUCAGCUGCUAAAGAAGAUGGGCGCUGAUCUCCUGGGUUCAGUUCAGGCCAAAGUCCAGAAGGCUCUAGAUAUCACUCGUGAGUCUUUCCCAUUCGACCAACAAUUCAACAUCCUUAUGAGGUUUAUUGUCGAUCAAACGCAAACUCCCAACUUGAAGGUUAAGGUGGCCAUCCUGAAGUACAUUGAGUCCCUGGCAAGGCAGAUGGACCCUGCAGACUUUGUGAAUUCCAGUGAGACAAGAUUAGCUGUGUCCCGCAUCAUAACCUGGACCACAGAACCCAAAAGCUCUGAUGUCAGGAAGACCCUUCAUAACUGGGCGAGUGAGGAGUUUUCAGGCAGGCCAAGCACUACAGCCGUGCUGCCCGGAGAGGGUAAUCUGGAGGAAAGGUGUAAGCAGGCUGCCCAGGUCGUGCUGAUCUCUCUCUUUGAGCUGAACACGCCUGAAUUCACCAUGCUUCUUGGAGCUUUGCCCAAAACAUUCCAGGAUGGAGCCACCAAGCUCCUCCACACCCACCUGAAGAACUCUAGCAGCACCAGUGGAGUGAGUUCUCCCAGCAACACAGUUGGUCGUACACCACCCAGGCAUCCAUCCAGCAGGACGAGCCCCCUCACCUCUCCCACUAACUCCUCUCACACUGGUCUUUCACCAAGUAUGCUGGAGUAUGACACAGAGAAUAUGAACUCUGAUGAAAUCUACAGUUCACUGCGUGGCGUUACAGAGGCCAUCCAGAGCUUUAGAUAUCGCAGCGAGGAGGACCUCAACGAGCCGAUCAGACGUGAAUUCAAGAAGGAUGAUGGGGUUGGCAGGGACACUGCAUCACCCGGGUCAGAUUCUCGGUUAGGUUUGGAUAUAGUGGAAGGAGGGCGCACUGCCUUGGAUAACAAGACGUCUCUGCUCAACACCCCCUCUCCACGUUCUUUUGCUGGGCCAAGGACACGAGAGUUUGCACCAUAUGGCUAUGGAGACACCAUUGGUGGUUAUGAUAAGAGUGCUUUGAAAGAGGCUGUCUUUGAUGAUGACGUGGAACAGUUCCGUGAUUGCCGUCGGCAGGAGUGCAGUGAGAACAAGAUGGUGCUCUCCAAGGGCUUUUCUCCUGACCUGGUGGCAGACCUGCUGAAAGAGCUGUCCAAUCACAAUGAGCGAGUAGAAGAGAGAAAAGGGGCACUGGUGGAACUUCUGAAGAUCACCCGAGAAGACAGCCUAGCUGUGUGGGACGAGCAUUUUAAAACCAUCCUAUUGCUGCUCCUGGAGACACUUGGAGAUAAAGAUCACACUAUUCGAGCUAUGGCUCUGCGUGUUCUCAAAGAAAUCCUAAGGAUUCAGCCAGGCCGCUUCAAGAACUAUGCAGAACUCACCAUCAUGAAGACAUUAGAGGCUCACAAAGACACUCACAAGGAGGUGGUAAGGGCUGCUGAAGAGUCUGCAUCCACACUGGCUGGCUCCAUCCACCCUGAGCAGUGCAUCAAAGUGCUGUGUCCCAUUGUACAGACUGCAGACUACCCCAUCAACCUAGCAGCUAUUAAAAUGCAGACAAAAGUCGUCGAACGCAUCGUCAAGGAUUCUCUUCAUCAGCUGCUGCCAGACAUUAUUCCUGGCCUCUUACAAGGCUAUGACAACACAGAAAGCAGUGUUCGCAAGGCCAGUGUCUUCUGCCUAGUGGCCAUCUACUCUGUCAUCGGUGAAGAGCUCAAGCCCCACCUGGCACAGCUCACGGGCAGUAAGAUGAAGUUGCUAAACCUGUAUAUCAAGAGAGCCCAGACAACCAACAGCAACAGCAGCAGUUCGUCCGACGUGUCCUCUCACAGCUAAUGCAGAAGGCAUGCUCAUUGCACUCAAUAGUUGGGUCUUAGCUGUGCAUCCUUCAGAUGUUUUUGUUCCUCUUUAAUGUUUUUUUUUUCCACCCCUGGAUAUUUCCAACACAUUUUAACCAUUUCCAUCAGUAUUCCUUUUGAUUUCCUGUUUCCUGAUCAUUUCCUGAAUGUAAAAAUAGAUUGAAAGUUUCUUGACAGUGAGUUAUAGGGAUCACAUCUUCGGAUUUGUAUAACUGGCACCAGUUACUGUUUUUUUUUUUUGUUUUGUUUUGUUUUUUGUUUGUUUUAUUUUUUGUUUUUAAAGAAAUGACUUGAUAUUUAACAUUUAAUAAUGUAAUAAUGUGGUCUUUUUUCCAAAUCUAUAGUGUUUGAGGUUUUGACAUUGUUUUAAAUGGGGAACAGUUGCGUAGGUUAAAUAUGUCACUUGAAUCAGAGUUAGUGGAGGAUCAUUUGGCUGGCCGAGUGAUUUUAAAUGUGAUUUGAAAAGAUCAAGUGUCAUUUUAAGGUUAAGCUAAAAUGACAGCCAAAAAUGUAGGACUAAGUGUAUACGUUUAUUUAAAUUUGUAUUUAAAUACAGUGACAUGCCGUCAGAGCGGCACACCCUGUAACACAGAAAAGGAUCUAAAAUGUAUCCUUUAUGUUUGUAAUUGAAGUUUGUUUUAAAGUCUAUGGAUUUGUAUUAUUAUGAGUUGCUUUACUUUAUAAGGAUGUCAAAUAGCUUUUUUGUUUCUUUAUUUUUACAGUAUGUUUUGCCCUGCGAUAAUGGCACAAAUCAACCUGAACAAGGACAAACUACUGAGUGUAUAUUCCACCCAGGAUUUUGUGAUGUCAGUGCAAAUUUUCUGCUUCAAAUUCACAGUUGAGUUAAGAGCCAUGCUAAAUUAUUUUAUAGCUUCCUAACUCACGUCAGUUAUUUUUUCAGUAAUUCCACAAUUGUGGGUUGGUAAGGUUUGCUGUACAUCUUGAAGAACAGGCUGUUGGUUUGAGUAAACACACUCAGAUCCUCUACCUGCAGGAAAUCCCUGGACUACUAUAAUUAAUAAAAAACAAUCAUUUUCCUCUUCGCAGUAUAUGUAAAGAUCAUUGCAAAAAAUCUGGAUGGACUACCACAUGAACACAUAUGCUGAAGCCCCAAUUUUCAAGAAAAUGACAAUCUAAAUGAAAAUUUAAAAGCUUAAAAUAAUUAUUUGUUUUCAUACAUGGAAGUUAACAGGUGCUUCACUUUAUUGCAUUGAAAGAAAUAUGAUCCGGAGCAUCUUGAGUCAGAAACACUGAAUGAAUGUUUAAAGAUUCCUGUACCACAAUCCCACCCAGACCCAGGUCUAUACUGAUCCUGCUGCUUAAUGAAGACUUUACUCAAAUGUGUAGAUGCUAAUGAAUAUUUUUUGCAAAUGGCAGUGAUUCCUGCUUUGAAAGACAAUUGAAUGGUGGCAGAAACAUCAAACACUACCGUGCAUAUUGUUUAGUUUUUUUCUCAUAUUAUGUUUUGGCCACUCAGACUGUUGGUUUUAAGUGUGCACUCUGAUUUAAAUGUGAAACGUGCUAUAGAUACAGGGCAUGUGUCUAUAGACUAUAUGAAAUCCCUCUAAAUUGGCAUAAAUGAAUAAUAGAUGCAUUGUCUAAUGGCUGAACCUUUUACCAAUUGCUUCUGUAGCAUUUGCUUUCAGAUGCUUUUUGUACAUAUGUUGUCAUAAACAAAAAAAAAAGCAAAAAAUAAUGGGGGUUUUGCACGUUAGCCUGCAUGUUUUUGGAACACACCCACCUUGUGCUGCAGUGAUUGGCCUUGUUGUUACAGUUUUUAGAACCUUGCCUCCUCAGUCCUCUGGACAGCCUUUAAAUACAGUAUUAAUGCUUUACCCCAGCCAGGAGGCAUCCAAGUACACAACUUAAAUAGGGCUUAAUGAGGUGACCAAAAUAUCAUAUGUCUGUCUCCCCAUAAACAAAUUCAUUGUAAACUGUGGGUGAAAGCAUCUUAGUUCUACUACAUAUUGGGGCUUUUGCGAAGGUACACUGUGUGUGCCUGUCUUGGUAAUAUCCAGCUUCUUCUUUUUUUUUUUUUUUAUUUAAUAGGGCCAAUGAUGGCCUGACAUGGAAGAUUCUUUCAUAUUGUCUGAAUGAGGUCCAAUAUAAAACCGAGCCAACUUUGAAGGGAAACUUAAGUAUUAGUUGAUGACUGGGUCUCAAUAAUCUGUGGAAAUGUGGGGCCACAAAAAGUAUUCCAGCAAAUAGUUUUCUGCACGUGUUCUAACUUUGUUUUCGUCAUGUAACACUAAUAUCCAUAUUUAUACAUUUUAAUUUUCUUUUACUGUUAUGUGACUGUACAGUUGUGUUUUGUUUUGUUUUUGGUUUUUUUUAAAGGGCCAUGUGUGAUAGAUUUGCAACCUGAACCUGUUUGCCCUAAAAUAAACCUGACACCCUGACAGUAA